AUUUAAUCAAAGUUGUUUGGGUUUUCACAUGGUUGAUCUCAAAAUUAAACUAUUUAAUCUUUACAAGAUUUUACAGUUGCUUGUGUAGAAAAUGAGCUUCCAGUUUGGCACUGGCAAUAACCAGCCGACUGCUCAAAAUAUGUCCAACUUCCAAGCAUUUCCACCACAGCAGCAGCAAAAUAAAAGUUUUGCAUUUGGUGCUAAUACUGGUUCAACAGGAAUGGGCUUUGGUACUACUCCAACGACUAGUGCAUCUACAGGCUUUUCAUUUGGUUCACAGCCAGCGACUGGUACUUCAGGAUUCUCUUUCGGUGGCAGUCAACCAAAUGCUGCUGGAUUUUCUUUUGGUUCUGCUACUCCCUCAACUACUGCCAGUGUAUUUUCUCUUCCUACUCCUGCUACCACAAGCUCUAGUUUUUCGUUUGGGGCUGCCACAACAAAUACUAAUACCGGGUUUACUUUUGGUGCACCAAUGACUACAACUACAGGUGGUUUUGGAUUUGGCACCCCUGCUACUACAAAAGCAAGCACUGGAUUUGCAUUUGGUGCAACUGCACCACAAACUAGAGGGCUUUCCUUUGGCACUCCUACAGCUGGAGCGCCAGCAACUGGAUUUUCAUUUGGUACUCCUGCUGCAACUACUGCAAAUUCAGGAUUUGCAUUUAGCAGUCCUGCUGUAACCACCACAAAUUCAGGAUUUGCAUUCAAUGCUCCGGCUACAACGACCACAGGGUUAGCAUUUAAUUUUGGCACCACUCCUGCUGCACCUGCUCAAUCUGGUGCAUUCAGUUUUAACACUCCAGCUGCUGCGACUACAGCUUCUACUCUUGGUUUUGGAAACACUCCCAGCAAUUCUGUAUUUGGUGGUUUUGCCAUGCCUUCAAACACAACUUCUAGUGCUUUUGGCACUGUUGCCCCUAAUGUUGUAGCACCUUCUACUGGAUUUUCUUUGGGAACAGUUCCUGCAGCAUCAAGUGCCUCUACUGGAUUUGGAUUUGGUAUGGGAACCACCACGACUACAACAGCCCCUACAGGAUUUACUUUUGGGAAUUCAUCUACAACAACACCUAGUGCUUUCAAUAUUGGGUCCAUAGCUACAACAUCAACUGCACCUACAGGAUUCAACACUGCUAGUACUACUUCAGUUACUGGCUUCAAUGCUGGCUCAGUUGCACCAACAACUGCUUCAACCGGUUUAACUUUGGGUUUAAGUAGUUCAACUGCACCUUCAUUAUUUAGUACAGCUCAACCUGCUACUGGUUUUCAGUUUAAUCCACCUGCUGUUACAUCUGCUGGAGUAACUCCAAUUGGUAGUUUAGGUUUUGGUGUACCUAAAUCUACUUCAGAAAAUGCUGGACUUCAAUUUCAGAUGCCGAGUUCUGUUACCUCAGCUUCAAGUGGACUGAAUUUGACAAGUGUUUCAACAUCUACUGCUACUAACUCAGCAGCUGUUCCAUCUGUUACUACUACUCCAGCUACCACACCAGCAUUUUCUUUCGUUCCAAAUUUAACGACUACAACAAGCACUGCUGCCACUACUACUACUACUGGGUUUGCAUUUCAAGGCCUGAAAUCUAGUUCCUCAACUACAACCACAGCCCCAUCUCUGAUGUUCGGCUCAGCCACACUUUCCACAGCAUCUUCUGUUUCAUCUGCAAUUACUUCAGCUGUUUUAAGUACUACAACUACUGUAACUUCUAGCACUGCUUCUCCUGCUACUAUAAACUUCAGACAAUUGGAAGAUAAUAUAAAUAAAUGGAAAAUCGAAUUAGAAGAACAGGAAAAAGUAUUUUUAAAUCAAGCUACUCAAGUUAAUGCAUGGGAUCGAUUGUUAGUUACAAACGGCGAAAAGAUAACUGUACUAAACGAUGCUGUUGAAAGAGUGAAAUUAGAUCAGCAGCGGCUUGACUUGGAAUUGGAUUUCAUUCUUGCACAGCAAUCAGAAUUGGAAGAUUUAUUAACACCUCUAGAGAAAAGUAUUGAAUCAACACCAAAUAUCCAUGUUCAACAACAUGCAGAUUUAGAAAGAGAACAUACUUAUCAUCUUGCUGAAAGUAUUGAUGCACAAUUGAAACGAAUGUCUGAAGAUAUUAAAGAAAUUAUUGAACAUGUCAAUACUGCUAACAAAUCUCAAGAUAAUAAUGAUCCUGUUCAACAAGUUGCAAAAAUUCUCAAUGCACAUAUGGACGCUUUGCAGUGGGUUGAUCAAAAUACUGGUGCACUUCAACGAAGAUUGGAAGGUGUUUCAAAGUUAUAUGAGACUCAAAAAAGAGAAAGUGAAAAAAUAUUUCAUGGACAGUAUUAAGAUUUUUUUAAAAGAUUUAAAUCAGUUUGUUCAACAAGUGCCCAUUCUUGUAUGUUAUUAAAUAAAAUAUUCUUAAAUUUUUGUUCUUUAAGUGGUUGAUUUCUUUUGCAUAAGAGUCAUUCCAUUUCAAAUCAGGCAG